AUUAGACUACAUUUUCUUUUCAGAUUUAGAACUGCAACAGUAAAGGACUGCAUUCGAUCUGUCUUGAAGGAGGAACUCAAAAGCAAACAGUAUAUUCCAGAGGAGGUUCCACAACUGACUCGAUUUUUGUCAGAGACAAUAAAGGAUAAACUGAAAGAAAUGGGUUUUGAUAGGUAUAAGAUGGUGGUUCAGGUUGUGAUUGGUGAACAGAGAGGUGAAGGAGUAAAGUAA